AUGACGAGUCGCCUUGAUCCUGCUGAGGAUGACGGUGUCACAUUAUCCAUAGAUGAUUCAAGCACUUCUGGACAGGGUUCUGAGCCAGUAUCACGGCGUCGGCUUGCAUUUCGACCACCAACUGAAAAUCAGGUGCCCAACACCAGUGUGAAUCGUUCUGAUCCCGCGAGUGGCGAAUGUUCGACGAGUGCAGGACCAUCUAAACCGAGCACGUCUGCUCUUAAUGAAGAAGAGCGCCUUCCUAGAAAGUCGAAGACGUGGAGUCAUGAUGAGAUCAUGGUCUUCUACGAGGGGCUGAAACAGUGCGGAAAAGAUUUCGAUGGCGUUAUGCGCAUCAUGGCAAAACGGAAAGUGGAUAAGAACAAGGAACAGACAAAAAACUACUAUUUCAACUUACUUAAACACGUAAAACAAUCUAUUUCCUUGGAUGAAGAUUCAAUGGGCGAUAUAGGACGUGAUGCUAAAGAGUUAUUCAUAACUAUAAAUGCUUGUGAAUGGAGAAGACGUACGCGCAAUAACCAAUAUAUACCGGAACGAAUGAAGGAGUUGAUAUUUCACGGCAGCACAACUAUGCCCUUUCGUGAUAAAUUCAAGAAGAAAAGUGUUCCCGUGAAAAUCAAGACACCACCUUGUCCUUCAUUGCUGAAGUUCUUUUAUAAUAACCAAGAUGACAAGUUUCCCUCUGAAAUCGUAGUCUCCUUGAAGCCGAUGACAUACGUUGAUGCGUCUUACGUGGUUAGCUGUGAACAGAACCCUUUGCUCCGAAUUCGACUGAGCACAAAUGAUCGUAUCUCGAGGAUUUUUCAACUGUUGCGUCAUAAAUGGGCGUCAUCACUGAGCAAACUGGAUGCGAACGGAAGCAGAAGAUCAUCUGGUCCUCGACCUGAAAUCCGUUUAUUUGCUGGAAAAGACACCGAAGUGGGACGUGUGAUUCUUAGCCCAGCCGAACAAGCGCCAGCACUGGGACUGUCUUUGAACAAGUUGAGAAAAGAACGAGAAGAUCGUGAAACUCUAAAAUCAAAAAGGUCUAGGAGCGCACCGUUCAAUACAGAACCUUCUUAUUCGGUGAGGAUGUCGCGUAGUUUCGUCUUGAAUGAAGAAGUGUUCAAAACUGGAUUAUGCGAGGAGAAUGUGCAAGAUGCGAUCGUGGCAGAGAUAUACUGUUUGUGCGGAAUGACCCCGAUUGUCGAGUUGGUGUAUAGCAUCAAGACGACUCCGAUAUACCGAGAAACGUGGCGUGUGCUUGUUUCCUUACUUGAGCGGGACUACGGAGAGGCACUUUUAGACACGGCACGAAAACGACCUGCAGAAACAACUGAACGAAAAGAUGAACCUCCAUCAAAAGUACGCCCUGUGAAGAACUCGAAAGCGAAGAUGACGCCCCAAAGCAGCAUGGGCUCCCCGCCGAUUCAAGAGGAGGAUCCACAAACACCAGUAGUUGUCCAGCCAGUUCUCUCUGAAAGUUCCGUUGUUCUUGAAGAAUACGACAAUUUUGCAGAACAGUACAAUGCGCUUAGAGCGAAGAAAACAAAUAAUCGUCGAUCCUCAUCAAGAGCUGCUGCAAGUUCAUCUUCUCAGAAGCAAAUAACGUCAUUUAUCGCUCCAAAAGCGGCUACGACAGCACUCCGAGUGGAGACAACGGGCGCAACUGCAGACAUUAUGCUCGGCAACCAAGUGAGCCAGUACAAAGCCCGUUGUGCUGUUGAACGUGCAAAGAAUCAAAGUCGAGGAGACAGCGUAGAAAAGGCCGCAACGGACUUCUCCGAGUUAUGUCCAACAUCGUUUGCUCAUGAUUUCUUGAGUUCUCUUCGUACACCCGAGAAGACUCCUGCCAAGAGCAAACAGGAAGAGGACAGGUCUGAGAUCAUGAAUCGGCUUUUUGGAGGAGAAUUAUCAAUGUCGCCAACAAGGGCAAGCGAACAUACAUUUUCAUCUUUUAGACCACAUACUGAAGACACUUCAAGUAGAUGUGACCUUAUGGAACGAGCACUAAGCGAAGCUUCACUAACCCCAUCGAAAAUGAAGGCGUACGCAGUUUCACAACACGGCAGCGGAACACUUCCGGAUGACGUGCGAUCAUCAAUGGUCGAAAUGAUGAAUCAGGACAGCAGAGACUACGUGAAACAGUUCGAACAACUUGCCAACACCAUAGCAGCCCCUCGAAAUCGUGGACGAGGCGAAAGAACACCUGACAGAAGAAAAAGGAAGAGAUAA